CUCUACGCAGUAACACUUCAACUUGAGUGCCGAACUUUUCUUCGUCGAGAGCAUCGUUUGCCUCCCGUUUUCUCCUAGACGACCCACUAUUACUCCUCUCUGUCAGCAGUUCAAGAAAGUCUCCAUCAUAGUGCAGUCGAACUCAGAGAGUACCUUUAAAACCAACCUAGAUCUACAACAUUUUGAACCUAUUCCAUUGUAACAGUACGUUGAAUCGGAUCGGAUUAGCUGAGAUAUCUGCUCAUCACACUCGAUUAUCUUUCUGAAAAGAAACAACAUCGAAACCCAACGGAACGGAAUUAGUAGCGAAUAACAAUUUAAAAUGAGACUCUCGUUCGUGGCCUGGAUGGCUUUCCUGGCUUCGACAACUUUUGUUGAUGCAUUCACAUCUCAGAGUGGCAAUACCAAUAGGCGUAUCACUCAGUCCCCCGGCAAAUCGGGUGCGAAUAAGGCACUUUAUUCUCUGUCAACCAAAUCGGAAGAUGAUGAAAAGGUUGCCGGAAAGAUUCUUGAGGGUGGAAAAGUUAUUGAUUUUGAGUCUACUCGGGGUCCUUCCCGCGCUGAAAACGCUCUAAAACUUGCAAAGGAGGAAAUCGCAAAUGGGACCUUGAAGAACACGCACCUAUCCGAUAAAAUACUUGGGAUCAAUUCCGAUGUCAUUGCCGAAGUAGGGCACGACCUAGGAUUAUUCGCAUCAGAUGACGAGAUUCAGAAAUGUGCAGCCUAUCUGAGGUCCAAAGCUGCAUCAGGUUUCUUUGAAAAACGCCCAGGCUCCGUUGCGGUUACCUAUGACGAAAUCCAUAGCUCACCUUCAAUAGGUAGCGAACAAAAGGCAGGCGUAGCAAGUAUUCUGGAGAAAGCAUUCGUCGAAUCGGGGGAAGUGACCAGUGCAUUUGCAAAAACAUUUUACUUGGGAACGCAGCUCAUGCCAGAAGCACAACGCGAGGCGAUCUGGGCUAUUUAUGUCUGGUGUCGCAGAACUGAUGAGAUCGUUGAUGCCCCAAGGGACAAUGACGAUGAGAUGCUCUCGGACCUCGGCAUAUGGGAGACACGCUUAGAAAACCUUUGGAAAUACGGAGAGGUGGAAGAUGUUUUUGACCUGUGUCUCUUGGAUGUUUUGGUCAAGUAUCCGUCGCUGCCGAUAACGCCGUUUGCUGACAUGAUACGUGGAAUGCUCAUGGACGUUCCGGAGCUUGGAACAGAUACAUACGAUGUAUUCGACGACCUUCAUUUGUAUUGCUAUAGAGUAGCUGGAACUGUUGGAUUGAUGUGCUUGCCAGUCUUCGGAUGCUCCGAAGGUUACGACGAAAUAAUCGCAAAGUGAGUAUUGCCAACAUAAAUGACUGACACAAAUAUGCGAGAAAGACCUGCGUAUUCCACUCAAUCUUUUUUGUCAUUCCUUCUAUUUUACAAUUCGAAAAAAAUUGAAAUUCAGAGAACCUGCACUGUCGCUUGGAGUUGCCUUUCAACUUACAAACAUUCUUCGAGACGUUGGUGAGGACGCCACAACGCGUGGUAGAGUUUAUCUCCCGAUUGAAGAUAUGGAACGAUUUGGUGUCACAAAAGAACAACUAUUUGAGCAGAGAGUAGACGAAAACUAUAUCAACAUGAUGAAGUUUCAAAUUGCGCGAGCCAGAAUGUAUUAUGAACGAGCACGUCGUGGGGUGUUUAUGCUCUCCGAAGAGAGUAGAUUGCCUGUKCAAAGCGCCUUGGAUGCUUACGGAAAAAUUCUUGACAAGAUCGAGGACAACGGCUACGACACUUUAACGACCCGUGCGUACGUAGACAAAUGGGAAAAGUUAUCUAUAAUUCCAUUUUCGUGGUACCGAACUCAAGAUAUUUCAAGAACAGUGCCGCUCCCAGGUGACAAGCAAAUCCCAUCUCUAGAGGAACCCACACCUUGAGCCGUUCUUGACUAGGUUGGAAACUAGCUACAAAAUCGUGAUCGAUCAUACAUUACGCCAGUGUAGAAAAUAAACCAGCGCAUACUUCUUUGGAAUAAUCCAUUCAAUCAAGAUGAAUGGUGCUACAGAAGGCCCAGGAAUCACAACUCAAAUACACCAAAAAUCGAUUUCUAUUUCAAACAAAAAGACAAUUCGAGAACGCGACAAUACUGUCCAAGUCUUUUUGACUUGUCACGGCAAACGCCACAUCGAUACUACAAGUAUAAUAACCAAAUGGAUCUACA